UCUACGUCCUUCUUCCACUUAUUCCUCGCUCGAGAGCAUCGAUUCUCCUCUCUCUUUUUUAUAAAAGGAGAUGUUGGAGCAAGAGUCAAACUCUACCAUCAGCAAGACAACUCGGCUGCCGCGUAAGCGUUUCUAUCGAGCACGGGCACACAGCAAUCCAUUAAGUGACUCCCACUUCCCAGUUCCUAUCUCCCCUAAUCAGGUUGACUAUCCUCUUCAUUACCCUCAACUCUUCCCAUCAUCUGAUCAAGUUGAUGGUUCCAAAAAGAUCCAGUUUGCAGACAUAGGUUGCGGUUUUGGAGGACUUCUAAUCAGUCUUUCAACUCUCUUCCCUGAAACCCUGAUGAUUGGAAUGGAACUCAGGGACAAGGUGACGGAGUAUGUCAAGGAACGUAUAUUAGCUUUGAGGAUCGCUAAUCCUGGUCAAUACCAGAAUGUUUCAGUAGUUCGGACUAACUCCAUGAAAUAUAUUCCGAAUUACUUUGAAAAGGGACAACUUUCAAAGAUGUUUUUCCUGUUCCCUGAUCCUCACUUUAAAGAGAAAAACCACCGACGUCGGGUGAUCAGCCCACAUUUGCUAGAUGAGUAUGCUUAUGCUCUUGGGGUUGGUGGAAUUAUAUACACAAUCACAGAUGUGGAAGAACUUGGAGAGUGGAUGAAGUCUUGUUUGGAUGGGCACCCUAUGUUUGAAGCUCUCACACACGAAGAACUUGAAGCUGAUCCAGUCGUAAAGCUCUUGAGCUCUGCAACUGAGGAAGGACAAAAGGUAGCGCGGAAUGGGGGGCAAACUUUUCAAGCAGUUUACAGACGCAUUGCAAGAUGUCUUUGAUUUCGAGAGAUGCAGCACAAGAUCACGGCUGUCACGAAGCAAUCAUUUAUUUUCAACUUCUGCUUUUCCUUUUCGCCAUGUAGCAUGGUAUGUUGAGUAGGUUAUUGGCCGAUUCCAUUGUCUUGUUGAUGCCAGAAGUAACAUUUGUGGUGACCAUAUUCCCCCCUGCUGGUUCCCAGUUCACCUCUUCCAGUACCCUGAUUGUUGGGACCAAAUUGGGUCAUCAUCUUUAAUAAAAUUUUGUUGCAAGCUUUACCAUCUGUUUAUCAGACAACACCCAUAUUGUAAUGAUUUGUGAGGAUAUCAAAGAAGCAUUAUUUU